AUGGCUGCAAGUAAUGUUAGAACCGAUGUGCAAUCAAUAGAGGAUUCCGAAUUUGAGAAUUUAAUACGAACCAUCUAUUAUAUCGAAGAAUUUAUAUACUACACACACAGAGUUGAUGAGCAGUGGACGUCACGUUGUGCCUCGGUAUUUUCGCUCGUCGGCAUUGCAAUUGAUCGAUACAGAGCUAUCGUGACGCCCUUGGAGCCGAAACUGACGCGAUCGCACGCUGCCGGAAUCAUAUCAGUGGUUUGGAUAGCAUCGUUGGGGUACUCAGCCAGAAAACCAGCGCUAUUGGAUGUGGUUCCUUUCACCUGGUACAAUGUCACCAUACUGGCCUGUUAUGUCCCCUAUGGAUGGAAGGCAGAACUCAGUCGACUUUUCCAUCUGGUUGAUUUCUUAGUGAUGUAUCUCAUCCCAUUGAUCAUCAUGACAGGGCUAUACAUCGCAAUGAUAGUAUCCCUAAGGAAGAAAGGGCCGACAAAUUUAUCAAACCGCAACAAACGCAAAGCAAUCAAAAUGCUUAUGCUGGUCGUUCUAUCAUUUGCACUGUCAUGGUUACCGCACUACAUUUUACUUCUGUACUGGAAUUUCACUGACUAUGAAGAUAUUCCGAUGGGUAUGAAAAAGGGAGCAUGGGUAAUGCGACACAUUGAAGCGUUCAGUUAUAAUAGCAACAGUUGGACCAAUCCAUGCUUGUACGCCUAUUUCAAUGAAAACUUUCGCAAAGAGUUUUACCGAAUGUUCCCAUGUCUUGAAAAGUGCCUGAAGGGUAACAAAAUAGUCCCAAAAACGUCCAAGUCCUCACAAGAACCCAACACAUUACAAACUAGGGCUACGGUACAAGAACCUAACGCGAUCAAUCUAAACCAAAAAUAA